AUGGCAGACCAGAAACCUCUGUCUGCGAAGUACAUUGCAGAACACAGAAGUCCCCAAGACUGCUGGAUUGUAGUCGACAACCAGGUCUGGGAUGUGACCGACUUUCUGGAUGAACACCCCGGCGGAUCUACAAUCAUCUUGAAGUACGCAGGCCGAGACGCGACGAAAGCAUACUCAGAAGUCCAUGCGCCCAGCGUAUUAAAAAACAACCUGAGCGCCGACAAACUCAAAGGCAUGCUCGAUGAGUCUACAAUCGAUGAAGACUGGAUUAAGCCCCCACCAGGCCAGAACCCAAAGGUGCUUUUGGAUAAUGAGAAGCCGCCGUUGGGGACCUUGAUCAAUUCGCAUGAUUUCGAGGUUGUCGCGUCGAAGACGGCUAAUAGCAAGACAUGGGCAUUUUACUCGAGCGCGGCGACAGAUUUGAUUACGCGAGAUGCUAAUAAGUCGUGCUUUGAUCGGAUAUGGUUCCGUCCGAGAGUGCUGAGAAAUGUGCGGGAGGUGAACGGUCGUACGAAGAUUUUAGGAGGCGAUUACAAGCUGCCGCUUUUCGUCAGUCCGGCGGCUAUGGCGAAGUUGAUUCAUUCCGAUGGGGAGUGUGCUAUUGCGAGGGCUUGUGAAAACAAGGGUAUCAUGCAGGGCAUCUCUAAUAACUCUUCCUAUACCAUGGACGAAUUGAGGACAGCUGCCCCUUCUGCCGGUUUCUUCUUCCAGUUAUAUGUCAACCGCGACCGUGAAAAGUCCGCUGCUCUACUUCGCCAGUGUUCAGCAAACCCCAACAUCAAAGCCAUUUUCGUGACCGUCGACGCUGCUUGGCCUGGCAAGCGCGAAGCCGACGAACGCGUCAAGGCUGACGAGGGUCUAUCGGUGCCCAUGUCGCCCUCCAAGGCGCAAAACGACAAAAAAGGCGGCGGCCUUGGUCGGGUCAUGGCCGGCUUCAUCGACCCUGGCCUGACCUGGGAAGAUCUAAAGUGGGUGCGACAACACACUCACAAGCCAGUGUGUCUGAAAGGCGUGAUGUCCGCCGACGACGCCAUGCUGGCCAUGAAAGCUGGCCUAGACGGAAUCCUACUCAGCAAUCACGGCGGCCGCAACCUCGACACCAGCCCGCCGUCGAUCAUCACCCUCCUCGAGAUCCAUCGACGAUGUCCAGAGGUAUUCGAGAAGAUGGAAGUCUACGUAGAUAGCGGUAUCCGCCGCGGGACCGACAUCCUCAAAGCCGUAUGCCUAGGCGCAACCGCCGUAGGCAUGGGGCGAAGCAUGUUAUUCGCGACAAACUACGGCCAAGAAGGAGUGGAGCAUUUGAUUGAUAUCAUGCAAGAUGAGCUGGAAACGGCGAUGCGAAACAUCGGCAUCACAUCCCUGGACCAAGCAUCGCCUGAUUUUGUGCACACAGGCGAUAUCGACCAUCUUGUUCCGGCAUCCCGCUCGCACCCAUACGCUCGGGCCAUAGCUAAAGGGCGAGGAGCCAAGCUUUGA